UGACGGCUCUAAAGAGAAAUCCUCAGGGAAUAAGGUGUGUUACACAGAACUUCUUACUAAUCUUUGUGUGACUUUAACUACUUUCUGAUCGUUAAUGGUGUUGUUCAUUCGGGAUGACUGGAAGUUAUAAGUUUCAAUUCCUCCCGCAAAAGAUCCCAUACUUGCCCUCCGUGAAAGACCAGACGAGAUAAAUGAUCUCAAUUCCAGGUACAAGUGCAAACAACUGCUUGCAAUAUCAACCACGACCUAUUCAAAAUGGCUCCCACUAAGCCCUCCAUUGUGAUCGUUCCUGGAUCUUUCUCCCCCGCCUUUCUUUAUGAGCCUUUAGCCGAGAAUCUGCGCAAGUUCGGUUACGAGACCAUUAUUGGCGAACUGCCGUCUGUCAUAUGCAAGCCGCCGCAACCUGGAGCCACUAUGGAAGAGGAUGCGGCUGCCUUCCAUCAGAUCAUCGAGAGGCUGUGCGAUCAAGACAAAAGUGUCGUUAUCCUCACCCAUUCAUACGGCGGCAUGGUUGGGAACGAAAGCGCAAAGGGUCUCUCAAAGACAGAUCGUGAGACCCAAGGCAGAAAGGGCGGAGUUGUUAAGCUUGUGUACUUGACAUCAAUCGUCACUGAAGUAGGAAAGGCGAGUCCUUCAGGGAUGGUGCCUGAUUUUAUGACCCCCAAGGGCGACUACUUGUUCUUGGAUCCUGUCCCUGCGGCAAAAGUUGUCCUCUCUGAUCUUCCUCCCGAGGAAGCAGUCCAGGUCACCGAAAUGAUGCCGCAUCAUUCAGCAGUUAGCUUUUCUGGACCGUUGACCUAUGCGGCGUACAAGUUCAUUCCGGUGGUAUAUAUCGUGUGUGAGAAAGACAAAACUCUUCCCCCAGAGUACCAGAGAGGAUGCAUCGAGUUGUUGGAGAAAGAAUCCGGUAAACCGGUGCCGACGAUCUUCCUGGAUUCAGGCCACUGUCCCAAUGCCAGUAUGCCUGAGGAACUGGCCAAAGCAGUUGAAAAGGCUAUUGUCGGACUCUAAAGCCUUGCAAAU